AUGAGCGUGAGCGUCAGCGAGACGACUUACAUGUCCAGCACCAAAAGACACUCGGUGGGCGGCAUCAGACGCGUGGAUAGCCCUAGCGAUAAUGUCAAGCGUCACUCUCGAAACAUAUCUGCCGCCCGCCGGCGCAGGGUCAGCAGCAACGACGCCUAUACGUAUGCCCUCCGAGUGGCCUUUUUAGCCUACCUUCUCCAGGCGCGCACGAAGAGAGUACAAGCUGCUCCUCCAGCUCGGCCACAGUCGCUGAACCGGGCCUCCACCUCAUUUCAUGACCUGAUGAAGGAUUUCAGCCUGGUGCGGGACUCAAAGAGCACCAGGUUCCCCCAUGGGUUUGUCAAUGAGCUCGAGAAACGGCUAACUGGCGUGCUCAUUGGCAAGGAACACAGAAAGGAAUUUCAGGAUGCUACGGUGAAGAGAACGUUUGGGGCCUUUCUAAACUCGUUGAAGGAGCAAAGUUUCAAAAAACGUAUGGAAAAGGACCGGCGUGUAGAGGACCUAGUGUUAAUUUUCUUCUCAAACGCAACCAAGGAGCUGUCCAAAGGGAAAGCUCCGGAAGAUACUAGCUGGAAGUUGAUGGUGGAUCGCCAUGUUGCGCUGUUUGUCCGGCUUAUCACUUUUAUCCUCAAGGACCAUGACUGGAUCAAGGACAGGCCGGAGCUGGCAAGCAGGCUGGCAACACUGGAAAAGUCUUCGCAAAAGAAUGGCCCUACAGUUGAAGUCGCUGCCCCGCUAAGCUAUGAUGUCAACGACAUGCCGUUGGUCCUUACCGUUGCAAAGGCAUUUGGUCUCCGGAAUUCCCAGGUUCAAUCAGAUAUCAACAAGAACAAAGACUUGUGGACUGGAAAGGAAGCGCUGCAGGACUUGAAGCUGUAUCAAGCACAUCUUAACCUCAAUACUGGGGGCACCCUCUCUGUCGCCGAUUUUGAGGUUGAAGAGGGCUAUGAGGCAUGGAAGAAAGCAGAGGGGCCGGACCUCUCACAGAUGAUGCUAGCCAUAAUUCAGUCGAACCCAGAGCUCGCCAAAAGUACGGGUGCAACACUGCCACAGUUUAAUGCCCAGUUGGCAGAUGCAUCAUUUGGAGAGGAUAUGAACUCGGAGCCGUAUCCCAACGCGUCGGAAAACUCAUCUUAUGUGAUUGACCAGCCAGUAGAUAUGAGCUCACUAUCCCUGGAAGAUGAAAACUAUGAGCAUCCAGGCACGAAUUUGUACACAUUUAUACCCCCCGAUCCGCGAUCAUACUAUCGAUUCGUGCUCAAUCAGCUGCUCACCCAUGAUCUCCGUGAUCAAUCACUUGAGGCGUCGGAGGCUACUUCGGAAAUGCCAGCCUCAAAGCUACUUUCUAAACAGUCUACUGAACUGCUCAAUGAGAUUUGUCUACGCUGGAGGAUUCCCAACUUCACCCGACUUGUACUUUUCUUGGACGUAUUUAGAGAAAAAUACGUGGACCAGGAAGUCAGCCUUGACGUUCUUGAUUCAGCAUUCACCUUCGUCAAGGAUCCCCCUGCCACCAAAAAUAAGCGCGCUAGUAUAGUUAUGGCGCCUAUUCUGUAUGAUAGAAACAAAUGGACCCAAGCAGAUAUAUUCUGUAUGCGGCGUGUCAUUGCAUCUAUACAUGAAGGCCUUCUUCGACAGCUGUAUGAAACGAUGAUGUCCUGCUAUGAAGCCAAGAUUCCACCUAUCGGUCCAGUCAUGUAUCUUCUUGAAAACCACGUCGAGUCCGAUCCGUACUUUGUGGAGAGCGUGGAGGAACAGGAACGGUUUUGCGAAUACGCGUCGAAUGGCUUAUUGGAGAAAGCCAAGGCUAUCUACCAAGAGUACCUGAAUAAAGAGAUCCCGCCUGAUCAACAUGAGUGGGAAUUUCAUCAUGUUAUUCAGCUUGGGAAAGCCGUGAUGAAGGUUUGCCAGCGGAUACAGAAGCGCUACCGGAAAAAUCCUAACAUAUUAGGAAUUAAUCCAAUUACGGUGCUGGUUAAUUAUAUCCUCCCAGUGUAUGCCGAAGAUGCAAGAGAUAUGAUCAUCCGCAUAAUCGAACAGGCCCAGGAAAAGAACGAGCUGAUAGAGAUGCAAGAUGGCUUUGAUCUAUACGGUGAACUUUCUAGCAUACGACAAACUUACAUCGAAGCUUUGCCUGGUGAACCAUUUCCUUUUCACAUCGAAGAACUUCUUGCUGACUUUGUCUGGCGCUGGAUCCAGGCUACAGAUGCCAAAGUAAACGACUGGGUAAACCAGGCUGUUAAGCAGGAUGAUUUCAAGGUUGUGGAUCAGAUAGUACAGCUGAAUUGGGACGAUGAUGUAGGAUACGCCAAAUUCAUGACCGCUAUUUCACGGUCGAUUGGGAAUGGGAUGGCGAGAUACUGCGAAAUUCUUGAGGGUAUGUUUAGCCGCGAGAUGGACAGAUUGACGCCAGAACAGGAGGCUGCAGCCAGACAGACGAAGCAGGAGAAGUGGAUGCAGAUGGCAAAGGAUGCAUGGACUAGCAAAGAGAAGGUCGAGCCGUUUCAAUUCUUUCCAGAAUCCUUUGUGAAGCUCAAUAACAUUGAGUACGCACUGCAGAAGUUUGACCAACUGGAACGCGACAUCAACAUCGACGCAUGCGCCGAAGUGUUGGCUAAAAAUGCACCGCCUCUAGCGAAGAGACAGCGCAAAAUAACCAACUACGUCUUCACUGUUAAGAUCGUUGAGGCUGAAGACCUCAAAGGCUGCGAUCUCGAUGGCUUGAGUGACCCGUAUGUUGUCCUGACGGAUGAAUACCAGAAGAGAAUCUCAAAGUCACGUAUUAUCUAUAAUAAUCUUAACCCACGAUGGGACGAUACAGUAGAUAUCAUGACAAAAGGGCCACUGAACAUUAUUGCAACAAUAUGGGACUGGGAUGCGAUGGGAGACCAUGACUACGUUGGUAGAACAUCAAUGAAAUUAGACCCUGUGCAUUUCGCAGACUUUGCACCACGGGACUACUGGCUGGACUUGGAUACGCAAGGGAGAUUACUGCUGAGGGUUAGCAUGGAAGGAGAAAGGGAUGAUAUUCAGUUUUAUUUUGGCAAAGCAUUUCGUACGCUGAAGAGGACGGAGAAGGAUAUGACAAGAAAGAUAACGGAGAAGUUGUCUGCUUAUAUUAAUCACUGUCUGUCACGACGAGCCCUCAAAGCACUCCUCUCUCGUGGCAUCAGUAUGUCAACUGUCUCUAGCUACUUUAACAGGAACCGGACACAGUCGAAUCAAGCACCAACGCAAGCAGAGGUUGAAAAUGCACUUACACCUCUCUUCACCUAUUUUGACGACAAUUUCUCCAUCAUGAACCAGACGCUCACAGGCCCGGCAAUGCGUACGGUCAUGGCUCGACUUUGGAAAGAAGUCCUAUCUACCGUCGAAUCCCUUCUUGUUCCGCCACUAUCAGACAAACCUUCUAAUCAAAAGCCGCUCACCCAGCUGGAACUUGACAUUGUCCAGGCCUGGCUCGGACUACUUCUCGCCUUUUUCAAUGCUGUCGAUGAAGAGACUGGAGAAGCCAAUGGAGUACCUAUAGAUGUACUCAAGAGCCCCAAGUAUCAUGAGAUACAGACGCUGUUUUAUUUCUAUUUUGAACCGACUGAGCAGCUGAUCCGUACUUCAGAGCGCAUGGCCAGCGCCACUGCUGCUAGGCAACAAGCCAACCGUAACCGUCUAUCCGCCUCAUCUGCGACGUUAGGUGUGCCAGGGUUCGCUGGCGUGCUCUCCGCGCGACGAGGGAAGAGCAUUCUCCUCUCCCGCAACCUGGGCACGAUGAAGAAGGCCAAAGAAGAGAAGCGUCGUGAGGCCCAGGCCGAGCCUAAUGAUGAUAUGAUACUGAGGAUUCUCAGAAUGCGAGUUGAAGCUGCAGGUUACCUACGAGACCGAAGCAGACAGAAGGAACGGUUGGCCACGGCGGCUGCCGCAGACCUAAUUGUUAAGCAGAGCCUAAUGGCUGGCACUGGAGGGCGCAUGGCAGGAACUUUGCCCCGAUACUAG